GUGGUUGGGGGCAAGGUGAAAAAACCAGGCAAGCGAGGUCGUAAACCAGCCAAAAUAGACUUAAAGGCGAAACUUGAAAGAAGUCGUCAGAGUGCAAGAGAGUGCAGAGCCAGGAAGAAGCUGAGGUACCAGUACCUGGAAGAGCUGGUUUCAAGCAGAGAGCGAGCCAUCUGUGCUCUCAGAGAAGAGCUUGAAAUGUACAAGCAGUGGUGCAUGGCGAUGGACCAAGGGAAAAUCCCCUCUGAAAUAAAAGCCCUGCUAACUGGAGAGGAGCAAGGCAAAGCACAGCAGAACUCAACCAAACUUGCCAAGGCUGGGAAGACAGAAGCAAAUGGCAGCAAUCCCUGAGACCAAUGCAGAACCUUCCGCACUGCAGCAGAGAUAGCUUGAUAGCUAGCAGAAGAAUGCUGUUGUCAGAGAAGUGGAUGCAUCCCUGGGUGCAGGGGGAAGAAUCCCAGUCUGCUGUCUUCUCUUUGCUCCUCCCCACAUGAAACUCUUUGAUUGUGGUGUUCCUAAGCCUGCAUGGAGUGGGGUUUUGGGGCCUAAUAGGCAUUUGUGUAAGCGGAGCCUUGUUCUUACUUUCUCUACACCACCCUCCCCAAAUACAGCUAUGGCAGCUUUUGGGCAUUCCCAGUAAGAGGUGGGGGCUGCUUGUGUGUCAGAGUCCAGAAUUUGACUGGCUUUGCGGUCAGUAGUUAUGUGGUUGGUAACUGUGUAGGAGUCUGAGAGGUUCUAUAAAACAAAAGCAAGAGGAGGACCUCAUAAGAGCUUUCCUAAAGGCAAAUGGAGUACUGUAGGUCAAGG